AUGAACUCGUGGAGCGACGUAUGUCGCCAAUGCGUGGCCACUGUGGCCGCUACUCCUGCCUGGAUUUCUCUCGUGUCUCUUCUAGCGACAGCACUCGGUGUUUUUGUCCUGGACAUAGUACUAACAAUCGACCUCAGUUCUUUCUCUUCUUAUUCCUCGUUGCACCCGUCCCACGGCCUCCCUUGCCAGAAGAAAAGAAGUACAGGACCCUCAACAAAGAUGGAUCCAUCGCAACCCCCCCAACAGCUCCCCUGCUGGUCCGACGCGCUUGACUCCGCAAAGCAGAGCUCUCCUUCCCCCGCCGUCGAACCAGCAGAGCUCUUCAUGUCGGUCGUGGUCCCCGCCUUCAAUGAAGAGGAGCGCCUCACAGAUAUGCUCGACGAAGCUGUGACCUACCUUGAAAACACAUACCCCUCCCGCGCCAAUGCCGCGGUCGAAAUCAAGCCGGCGCGCAAACGCAAGACGGAUAACGGCCACGCGAAGAACGGCCCGGCUACAGCCCCAGAGGCUGGCCGAGGCUGGGAAAUAGUCAUUGUCUCUGACGGCUCGACUGAUCGCACGGAAGAGGUCGCGUUUGGCUUCGCGAAAGAACGCAAGCUGGAGCCCGGGGCGUUCCGCGUUGUGAGCCUUACGCGGAAUCGUGGGAAGGGCGGCGCUGUGACGCACGGCAUGCGGCAUGUGCGGGGGCAAUAUGUAGUCUUCGCUGAUGCGGAUGGGGCAAGUAAAUUCGAGGAUCUGGGGAAGCUGGUUGCCGCGUGCUCGGAUGUCGAGGAUGCGGAGGGCCGCGGUGUUGCGGUGGGCUCGAGAGCGCAUAUGGUGGGUAGUGAGGCUGUUGUGAAGCGAUCGAAGCUGCGUAACUUUCUGAUGCACUCGUUCCACUUGAUUCUGUGGUUGAUGACGCCGCCGAAGACGGCUACGGUGAAAGACACGCAGUGUGGCUUCAAGCUGUUUUCCCGCGCGGCGCUACCUUAUAUUGUGCCGUAUAUGCACUCCGAGGGUUGGAUCUUUGAUGUCGAAAUGCUCAUGCUGGCAGAAUUUGCCCAUAUUCCGGUGGCGGAGGUGCCUGUCGGCUGGAAAGAGGUUGGGGGGAGCAAGCUGAAUGUUUUGCGUGACAGCAUUGGUAUGGCCUGGGGCCUGGCGCUCCUGAGGGCUUCUUGGUCGCUUGGUGUCUAUAGACAGAGGUGA